AUGCAUAAUAGUAAAACACUUGUAACCUAUUCACCAAUUCCUCUCUUUCAGGUGAUCUUUCAUCAUUCUCAACCAGUUAUCUUGUUCAGUUGUGCAUACUACCCAAGCGCCGUUUCGGCGCAUGUUUUUUGUGCCAAAUUUUGCUUUCAGUUCACGUCAUGUUACUUUAGCUCACUUCGCCAGCUUCCCGUUAUUGCUAUUUGUGGAGCCACUGGGACUGGGAAAUCGAAACUAGCAGUAAGCCUCGCCAAUGUUUUCGGAGGUGAGGUCGUCAAUUUCGAUGCUCUCCAAUUGUAUAGUGGGAUAGAUAUUGCAACAAACAAAAUAUCACAUGUCGAGUGUUUAGGUGUCCCACACCAUCUUAUAGGAAUCUAUCCUCCAGAAUUCGGACAUAGAUAUGAUGUUCAUUCAUAUCGAGACAUCUGUUUACCGCUGAUUGAAAAUAUAAGAAAUAUCAGGAAAAAGUUACCUAUUCUUGUUGGUGGGACUCAUUAUUAUUUGGAAGCUAUUUUAUGGCAAGAUUUUCUAGCUUCGAAACGUACUAUUUUCGAUGCAACAAGUGAAUUCGAUAGUGAAGUUUCUUUUGGGCAUCCAUUAGAAUGCUAUGAUCUUUUGCGUACUCUGAAACCAGAUGUAGCCGCACAAUUGCAUCCGAAUAAUGUGCGUAAAGUAAAGAAAGCACUUCUCGAUGUUCUGAAAGGAUCUAUUCAGACUAAAACACAAACUGAAUUGAAUGAAAAUAUAGAAAAUGUAGAUUUGGGAAAACAAGUGUUAAAUCGAUCUAUUAAACCUCGAUAUCCUGGAGAGUCGCUCAUAUUAUGGCUGGACUGUGCUUCCGAUGUUUUGAAUACUCAGUUGAAUAAGCGGGUGAAUAGAAUGUUGGAUUCUGGGUUAGUUGAUGAAUUGGACACUUUUCUUGACAAGGUGAAUGUUUUGCCAGAUAGAUUCAGUGAGACUGAAACAUCUGAUACGCCAGACAUUGCAAAACGAACUCGAGUGGAAAAAUUAAGGGCAUUGUUUGCUCAAGAGUUGGAGUCAGUCUCAGAUCCUAUGACUCGUCGUGGCCUACUUCAAAGUAUCGGACUCAAAGAAUUUUCAGAUUAUUUAGCUUUAUUACCAGAAGAACGUGACACUAUUGAGGCAAAUACUCUUCUGAAGCAAGCAACAGAGAAUGUUAAAACAGCCACUCGACAGUAUGCACGUCGUCAGGUUUCUUGGAUUAGAAAUCGAUUUUUACGACGUCCUAUAGAAGGUAGCAUUCCUGUUUAUCGUAUAGAUGUGACAGAUUUUUUAAACUCUGAAUCUCCAGAUAUUUGGCAAAAGACAAUUAUUGCACCAACUGUACGCUUAGUCUACAAUGAAUUAAUAAAAAUAAAUGAUUUACUCUUUGAAAACUUGAAAAACAAUGAUUAUCUAAAAACUUUACUUGAUAUUUGUCCUGAAAAUUCUUGUCCUAAAGCAGAAUCAUUACUUUUGCCUAAAUCUUUUACUGAAUCAAAUAAUAACAACAAUUCUCCAUUCAUUUGUUCAAUAUGUUCAAAUAGAAUAUUUACACAAAUCGAUGGUUGGGAAGCUCAUUUAAAAAGUAGAUCACAUCAGAAACGUGCAGCAAAAUAUAAGAAAAGAUUACUUAUCGAGAAAGCAAUGAAAAAUUUAUCAUCAUAA